GAGAUCGACGUCGGGCGGGUCUUCCCCCACGAGGUCUCGUACCGGCUGCACGUGCGCGCGGGCCCCGACGACGAGAUCCUCGGGAGCGUCAUACACCCUGCCGUGCGUGACCAGCCGGCGCCCGAGCUCGUCGCGCCGGAGAGGGGGACGGUGAAGCAGAUCAUCGUCGGCAUCCUCGCAGACGUCUGA